AUGUCUUCCUAUGGCCGGUAUUACAGACCGGCCUUGAAGCAAUCUGUCGAUGUGCAGCUGCAGACGGCCUUUAGUGACGGCAACUGGUCCAGCGUCGUCAGGCUGGCUGAUAAGCGGGCCAAGAGCACAAACGACCCCUACUACGAGGCUGUCAAGGUCUGCGCCGAGUCACAGCUCGAGUCGUUGACCGAGCGGUGUGCCGCUGCUGUCGCCGUUGAUGUGCUGGUGCGCAAAGGCACUACGCCGAAAGACGUCGAGGCCUUGGAACUCUACGAGUGGGCAUGCCGUGACGCACAGCCGCCUCUGGACUACGCAGAGACCCUCGGCGUACUGAGAUCGAGAUGGGUCAAGGCCAAUCCCAGGAGCUUAGCGGGAAUUUCUUGCCUUCAAGCUUGUCUCGGCCAGUGGGAUCUUGUCAAUGCUCAGCAGAUCGCAGCUAUUCUUGACAAGUCUGGCAAUGCAAGCGACAGGAGAUAUAUGUACUGGAGCAUAGCGCUCACGUACCUCCUCUCUACGAGUCCGCAAUGCCCAGAGAGCAAGAAAAAGAUCUAUGGAAUGCUUGCUGUUAAGCAAUUAGAACGAGCGUCUGAGAUCGCAGUAACGAAAGCCGAGCAGACAGGAGACAAGGCCAAGCCCGCCGCUGUAUCUGAUCGCGAUAUGAGAGAGGAAGAGGAGUUCAUCCUUUAUUACAAGAUCCUCAAGGCGCAGGAUGCCCGCGACGACUUUGUCAAGAAGAUCACCAACCAGCAUAUCGGCGCACUCAAGCUUUUCAACGAGGGCAAGAAGCACCUUUUGCUCGAAGCCAUCGCCGCUUUCAAGUCGUGGGAACGGUGGGACCUGACCUUCGACUUUUGCCAGAAUGUUCUCAGCGUUACAGAUCUAGACGGAUCCCCUUCAUUCCUCGCCUCGGACUGGCAAAUCUGGAAGAGCUUCAUUGCUGCCGCUGCUAAGCAGAGUGACCCAGACAAGGCUUUCGAAGUAGUCCAGGACGUUUUGCAACGGUUUACAUCGUUCAAAUCCAAGAUUGCCCAGAUGUAUGUCAAGAACAUCAGUCGCGCGCUGGUCGAGAUCGCGUUCCGAAUGCCACCUACGCUUUUGUCCGCCAGCACAGACCCAGCACAGCCCUCUGCCAGAGUAGUGCAGCUUUGCCUUUUUCUCGAGAAACAUUUCGACAAGAGCUCUGUGUUUGACGAUCUCAGGAGCUACGUGGAGGAGAUGUCAUUUGUGGAGACCAGGUCUCUCCUGGAUCAGGUGCUCCCGAAAAUGCUUGAAGCUGACUCUGAUCCCGUUCGCAAAACUACCCUUCGUCUUUUCUCCCUGAAGCUCAGAUACUUCUUGACCACCUGUCCACAAAGCCUGGGCCAGCCAACUUCCUCUACUGCCGCGCCAUCGGAUGACGUUCACAUACUCCGCUACCAAUGCAAAACAUGUGAAUCGGUGGUCGGGAAAGCUUGCCCAGCCUGUCUUCGACAGCUUUCAUCGGACGCCAUAGCAGCAUAUGAAGUAGUCGACGCCGAUUCUGACCUUGUCAAACAGAUCCCCGAGAUGGAUAAGGACUCUCGGGUUGAUCUGGCAUUGCUUGUGGCCUUUAGCCUUCUGAAGCUUUCUGGCCUUUUUGAAGAUCAGGAGAUCGUUAGCACUGGCCCUCUGACAGAUGUUGAAAUGACACCUUUGCUCCAGGCCGUAGUCCUUCUAGACGCCCAGCUACAGAGGAACACGAACGACAUUCCAUUGCGUAUCCUGCUGGUCCAGCUGUAUCUGCUUCUCGGCUGCGGGUCAUAUGCCUAUCAGCUGUGGACACCUCUCGAUGUCAAAAGAACGAUUCAGGACGCGUUGAGCCCUUUGUUCUUCGAUAGGAUAUCGAGUAUCGCCCCCGGGCUCUUUCACGGCAGCAGACCUCUGACAGAACCUUUGCGAUCAUACUACUCAAGCACCCUGCGCGACCCGGCUCCCGUCAGAAUAUGGGAUGCGUUUCAGUCUGGGAGCUACAGCAGUAUCUUAGACAUGGCAGAGUACGAUGAUAGACUACGAAAGAGCUGCACUCGUGUCAUGGCGGUAGUGGAGGAGCGACAAGCGGCAAGGGCUUUCGGCGGGAGGCUGGAGGACUUGGAUGAUGUUCCCAUCUUCUCUGAGAUUGACGAUGCGACUACCCUUGUAAAUGCCAUUGACUACGGAUCCAUCCCCAGCCUCGAGAGUUCCUAUGUCCCGUCUGUGGCCAGGUCACUGCGCCUCGGGCCUCCUCUCUCAAACACGAGGGCACACCUUUCGAUGCUGGCUGAAGAAUACCACGAACUCAUCUCUUACAAGCCUCCCAAGGAUUACAAGCCCGCCAAGCCAAACGACGCUGCCCUCAAGGACCGCGCCUUUGUCCUGGAAUCUCUCUCGUCCCUGCACAACUCGAUGACCACCUUCCUCCACCUCGCCGCUACGCCAUCGCACCUGACCAGCGCAGAGUUGUCCUACUUCACUAUUCUCUCCCUCCUUGCCGGCGCGCUCGUAACAGCCCUGACGGCAGACCGCACCGCCCCCGUCCCCUCGACGUUCAACCUCCUCACCUCGUCCAUCAAGUCCGCCCUCUCGUCCCUCCGUGCCGCCUUCCUGUCCACUUCGUCUUCCUCUCCUUCAACAUCGACACCGACCCCGCCCCUGUCCGAGGCGCGCACCUUCUACGCCCUGUCGGACCAGCACACCAUGUCGACGCUGCGCGACGCCGCGCUGGCCAUCAAGCACAGCGCCGCCUUUGUGUUGUCACACAACGAGGCGCAGGCCCAGCGCGACAAGUCCGGGCGGUCGAAUCUGCACAAGGAGGUCCUGGCCGAGAUGCGCGGGCUCGAGGCCCUUGGGGGCAAGACGGCGGACGAGGUGCGUGACAGCGUGAGGACACUCAAGGAGCGGCUCGGGGAGGGCGGGUGGCUGGAUCGGGUGGAGGAGUGGUGCGGCCUGAACGGGAAUGGGGACGAGACCGCGAAUGCGCUGCUGCGGGUUGUUGGCGGGGAGAUCUUUGUGGAAGAGUGGAUUGGGCGUGUCCUAGAAAGCUGGAGGGAGGGGGUCAAGGGGUGGGGGAUGGUGAGGUGGGAGUAG